GGAACGAUAAAAGGUUAUUUUCGUCUGUAUUACUAUUUAACUUUAAGCCUCGUUCAGACUGUCAGCCCAAAUCGGAUUUUUGUGCAAAUCCGAUUGAAAUCCGAUCAUAUUUAAAUAGUCUGAACGGCAAUUAACUACAUUAAAUCCGAUUUGUGCAAAUCCGUUUCGAGCUACAUUCGUAUGUGGUUUGGAAUCCUAUUCAAAUCGCAUUUCUGGAAAUCCGUUUCAGUCUGAACGGUCAGAUCGGAUUUAGCGUAGCUUUUUCACGUCCUUACGCCACGUAAAACGUAAACACGUCAGACGUUUUUGCAGAAAACAUGCUGAACAUCUUUGCAGAAACAAGCCUGUGUCGUUGCGAAGUGCAAGUCAAGCGGAAAAAACAAUGUACUGCUAGUAUAUGUACCUCUUUGUGUUUUGAAAGUAGCAGAGACCAAAAAAAAAAGAAAAAAAAAAGCAAAGUAGCGGAGACAGCAUCAUGGAAUAGAGCCGCACAUUUAAGCUUCCUGCGUUUCUGCCGCUGCCUCACAAGACAAAAUAUAAUAUUACAGCGCAACCGCGACGGUAAGACAACAUCUGUAUUGCAAACUGUAUUGCUGUUACUGUUGUUUUUAGCGUAGUCAUAACAAUGCAACGGCAUUACCAUAGAAACCAAUGCGCAUUCAGUAAAAACGAAAGAGCGCUUAUUUACACACAAAUCGGAUAUGAACAGCUGCGAUAUGCUGUGUGGACAGUCAGUUAUUCAAAUCCGAUUCCAUCCGGAUAUGCACAAAAUCGGAUUUCGGCUAACGGUCUGAAUGAGGCUUAACUGUAUGUUACUAUGGUUACCAAUGUUUAAAGGAAGCGCAUUAAUAUAGAACGUGAUUAAACUGACCUGGAACUACCUGUGCAGUUCAACGAAUUUAAUCAACACCUGCCAGCCAAUCAGAAUCGAGUAUUCAGACAGACCAUUGCUGCGUCCCAAUUCGCAUACUAUCCGUCCUAAAUAGUAUUCGAAAAUAGAAUUAGUAUGUCCCAAAUCAUAGUAUGUUUAAAAAAGUAUGCCAAAGAUUCCCGGAUGGUCUACUACUUCCGGUUAGAAUUCGAAGUGCAGAUCGAUGCACACUAUAACGGCUAAAAUUGCCCACAACACAUUGCGCGGUGGACGAGGAUUCGAUCAGAACUACAAACACGCAUAAAAAGUGUUUAAAAACUACAAACAUGGCAGAUAUGCGCGACCGACGGACAGACCAAUCAUGAAUAUUGAGCGAACGCUCAUAGGUUAGAGAUGGAAUCUUCCACCAGUGGAUGCGCAGUGAUAGGUGCCGGUGACAGCUGAACGAAGAUGAGCAUCAUGGGAGUAAUUCCUCAUAUCAACCGGUAGCAUUUGUUGUUGGUUUCGGCCAUUGAAGUAUUACUGGACAAGGAGAGACAGGAAUGAUUCUGCAUGUUGGGUCAAUGCGAUUUAUUCAACUGAACCUGGAAAUGUAACAGACUCGAAUGAACCAUCAGUGAAAGUAAGUGCAAAAUGGAUGAGGAGACGGAGGAUCUCUCUGAGACACAACCACUAAGAAGUCUGGCAGACCAAAGUCCUCAAAGUGGACCCUCCGCCAAUAUAUUAAAAUCCAAAGCAUCUCUCCCCUCCUGCUCCCAUGCCCCGGGUUCAGCGGUUUCUGCCCUGCAAUCUAAAGUCAAAGCAGUGUCCCGGAGAAAGUUAAAGGGGACGGAGAGAGAUGAUCUAUUACCAGAGGCUUCCACAGAAGAAUCAGUGAAGAAAAACCAAGACGAUGAAGCGCUGUCUACUUGUCAAACGGAAUACACCGAGCAGAGCAAUAAGCCAAACGCUGGCGAUAAAGAAGUGCUGGAACCCAACUCUGGGAUGCAAGGAGAAAAAGAGACUUGCAACAAAAAUGGGAAAGACAGCCCAUCUCAAGGUGCACUAGAAAUGUCCCGUGGGCUUUGUGAAGGGUCUAGCCUGGAGAACAUUGCAGUGGGUGUAGCUGGUGAGCCUCAAGGAGACAUCACAAUGAAGUCAACAACGUCUUCUCCCAGGCACUGGGCUCCUCCCAAGGGCUUUUGGCGAGUGGCACGACCAGAGACGUUACUUCUAAAUUCAGAGAGUUCUUCCACACUGGCAGCUCCAAAGGAUGUGCCACCCACAACUGAGGAGGGUCCGAAACGGAAACCAAAACUAAAGACUGUGGGCGCUGUUGUUCACAAGGAGCUGCAAAGGUCUGACAGCUUGGAAUGUGCUUUUCAUAGGUGUCUCCAGAAGGAGAUUGCAACAGCAGAUCUAGCUGGUGGGCUGUGGAAGGCAGACAGUUGGGAGACUGUGUGCUCCAGGGGAGAGUCUUUGUCUAUUGCAGAGAAAGUCGAGAUGAACAAGACAUACCUGAACAAAUACCAAGUUGAUGCCAUCGAGAUUAGUACUUCCAUGCAUCCAGAGGGACAGUAUCAACCACCAAAGGAGCCACACAGAGAUUUACCUUCCUACAAAGUAGGUGAAUGGGACUCAGCAAUCAUCACAAGGGACCCUGUGUUUAACUAUAGACCGCUGAUCUCCACUGCCGAAGUAACUCUUAGUCCACGUCAUGAACAAGCAAAGCGUCUGUUGGAAAGAGCUAGAUUCAAAGCACGUUCUCAAAACCCUAAGAGUGAAACCCCCACCUGCCUUGCUCAAAGAGAGGGCCUGGAGGUUUUACCAAUCAGUGUAUCAUCUACAUUGCACAGUGCUGUUCUUAUCACGGCUCAAGAGGAGGUUACUUCACCUCUUCAGUCACCAGACAUCCGGGGCAGGAACCAUGAACGUGGGUUGCGCUCGCGUCGAUAUGGCCAGUCGCCGACACGAGUACGUUUCGAAGACGAGUCAGAAAAGGAGGCUGAGCGACGAUACCUGGAGCGGGUGCGUGAACGCGGGCCAGUGGUGGCUGAGAAAUCCCACUCCACCCAACAGCUGAUGGCAGAACCUGUGUACAACAUCCCAGAGGAAAGCAUGGGGGCGGCGAUAAACUGGGUAAACGUUGGUAUCCCUGUUGCCAUAUUAACCAAGGAGGGAGAGUGUCUGGCUGCCAUGGUGUCAAAGGACGAUAUGCUCAGGACAUGUGAAGCCUGUGGAAGCAUCUUGGGACCUGCACAGAACAAAGAUUGCCAUUCCCAACCAACACACAGUAUAGUAGAUUCUCAGGAGAAGGCUGCCCCUAGAUGGGCCACCCCUGGCCAGUCAUGUCGCCGAACCAUCCACCCGACUUCCACGGAAAGUAUAACUUUUACUGGAGGUGUCAGCCUGGCAGAAAGUGUAGGGCGGGGAGGUGUAGGAGGUGCAGGCGAGAACACAUCAGCUUUUGGGAAGCUUCGAAGAAGGAGCAGAAAAGGAGAAAGCAGAGUUGAAAGCAGUAAUGGUCCGUAUGCUCGGAGUCAGGAUCUAUGGGCUCAGAGAAGGAACUCCAAAACCAGGUCAAGUCUGGAGGAUAAAACUACUCGUUCUAAAUUGACACCUGAACAAGGUGCUACAGAAACCUCUACUGACCUUGAGAAUAAGGAUCUCUCUAGCAAUGUCAAGGACUCUCCCCCCCAUCUCCCCAUCAAAUCUGCUCUGAAAUCAAGUUCCAAGAGUCGGCCGGCAGGCCAACGGGUGGUCAAGCUAAUGCCCUCGGUUCAGUACCGCCUAAUUCACCUUGACCACAAGCUAGAUGGGAGCUCUCACCACGAAAACAUACUGCCUGAAGAGCACCUCAGUGUCACUCUCAGUGCCUCCCCUCAGGUUCAUCCAGUCACCUCAGGACUGACUUCUUGCAACAGACCAUCCUCUCUCAGGUAUUCCUCAUCUAUGCUGACCACUGACCUCCAGGCUCUAGCAAUAUGGGACUCUGCAGGUGACCUAGUAACAGGUCAUUUGGCAGGUGAGGGUGUCUGCAGAGAUCCCAGAAGCACUUGCACAGCACCCAUUCCCUCAGAUUGCCGCCUGGGUUUGAGAGCUAUGGGUACAUCCAAAGCAGAAGACUUGAGGGCAGAACUUCUGAGAGCAGAGCACCGAAAGGCUGAAAUACAUUGGGAUGACAGUUUAGUUGCGUCUAGGAGAGCAGGGGAGCGAGAAGGGCGACCUAAGCUAUCCCUCCGUCGCUUUUUCUCAGCCAUGGGACUGAACAGUAUGGGUAAGCUGGUGAAGGGAAGCCGGUCCAACAGCAUGGAGCACCUGUGUUCCCCCACUGCCCGCUACAAUUCUGCCUCCCCAAGUCCUACACACAGAGGCCUAGUCCCUCUGAAGAGGACCCCCUCUCUCCAGUCUCUCCAUACAGAGUCUCCUUUGGCUCAGUUACGUAAAGCAUCUUCUGUCCAGAGUCUACAGUCCCCAAAGAGGAAGCUUGAACGUUCCACUAUUUUGGGAGAGUUACCACUGCUACUGAGUUUGGCACCAAGGGAGCUUCAGAAGGAAGAGAACAUAGAGUCACUAGAGGAUUCUCGAGGAGCAGGUCCACUAGGGCGUCUGGUGCAGGCCUUUCCAGACGGGACUUUACUGAUAGAACUUACCAGACCUGCCAACAAUAGACCCUUUGGCUUCGUCAUCUCCAGGGGCAAAGGAAGACCUGACUCAGGUAUAUACGUGGAACGGGUCGGAGACAGUGCCACGGAGAACAUCUACACUGGACUCCUGGGCAUUGGAGAUGAGAUUCUAGAAGUCAAUGGGGAAAUCGUAGCUAGACUGACCCUGGAUCAGGUUAUACGCCUCAUGACCCGUGAUAGCAAAGCCACGAUCCGGAUUCUGCCACAUUCCUGGGUCAAGCACUGAUGCAAAUUAUGGGCAAAAUAUGGAAUUAUGAAGAAAAGAUCAUAAAGGAAAGUUUACAAAGCACUUUUAGACAGUAUUGUUCUCCAGUCUUGGGUUAGGAAAUCUCAAAUGGCUUGUGCAAUGCAUUGUUUACAGAGAAAUAAGAAAUAAAAACAUCUAAAACUUGUGGGUUUUUAAAACACCUGCCACUGGUCUUUUUUAAUAAUUGGGAUGAUUCAUGUUGUAGAUGGAUGGAUGAGUGGAUGGGUGGAUAGAAACCAAUGCAAACCGUUUGUGAUCACUUUAGUACAAACGGAAUGCGCAAUAUUCUGGCUAUUUACAUUCAUUAAAUUACAUUCACUGUAAAAGCCUAAUGUCAGUCUAGCAUUACUGUGCAAUAACUCUGUGUGGAAAGCUAAAUAAUGGAAGCAAUAUACAAUAAUAAGCAACUCCCAACAGUGUGUAGAUUUUAGCUUUCAACAAAUUAUCUUAACAUUUGUGCUUGUAAUAUUUUGUUAAAUGCAUAGUUUACCCAAAAAUGAAAAUUCUGUCAUUAUUUACUCACCCUCAUGUUGUUCCAAAUGCAUAUGACCUUCUGUGGAACGCUGGUAUCCAAACAGCAUCAACAUUCAUUAUAUGAAAAAUAAAUAAAUUAAUU